AUGCCUCACCAUGCCGUAAUUAGGAGGGACCGUGAAACAACGGAAGUUCGUAUCGUCUUCGAUAUCAGUUCUAAAGCUCCCGGGACGGAAUCUCUGAAUGACCUUUUGGACCCUGGAGCCAACCUCAAUCCUGAUAUUGUGCAACUCCUGCUGAUGUUCCGAUCUUUGGAAAUUGCCAUGAGUGCUGAUAUUGCAAAGGCUUUCCUGCAGAUUCUCCUCGACAGUCCUGACAGAGAUUUCCUGCGGUUUUUCUGGUACAGCACUCUACCCUCUACACAAGGAGAGCUACCACCUGUGGAAGUAUGGCGAAUGACUCGUGUACCUCUUUGGCGCAACUUUCCCCUUGGCCCUUUCUUGCUGUCUGCCACUAUUUAUCAUCAUCUGCAGCUGCAGGAGUCCGCCUUCCCGUCGACGAUAGCAAGACUGAAAGAGCGAUUUUAUGUGGACGACCUUCUCACUGGUGCUUGUGAUCUUUACGAGGCCACUCGGGUGUUUGAAGAGACACUUCAGAUCUUCGAUGCUGCCAGCAUGCCUGUGAGCAAACAGAUCACCAAUGCAGGCCCCCUUCAUCAAAUCUUUGUGAACAGAGGUGUCACCAGAACAGCGACAACCGUCAAAGUGCUAGGCGUCACUUGGAACACCAUUGAUGACGAACUUUCAUGUUCCCUAUACUCCGUUCUCGAUUUUUUGAGCGUCAAGAGAGAUACGAAGCGGUAUGUUUCGCAAGGUGUCUCACGGUUGUAUGAUCCCUUCGGAUUGCUUGCACCAUUUACCAUCACCGCCAAUACCCUAUUCCAACGGCUAUGGGAGAAAAAGACUACGUGGGAUCCUCAGCUGACCCCGGAAGACGCACAAGUUUGGAACACAUGA